AUGAAUCGCGGUCUUGACUCACUGAUUAACGUCGCUCGAGUAGGUGUCUGCAAUACGCCAACGCGUGGUGCGCAUGCCUCACCCACGGCUCACUUUAGCUUUGACACGGCAAAGGGGACUAUGGGGGCUAUGGGACUACGAAUUGGAUUCAAUAAUCGGACCACCAUCGUAAAAUGGUUUGCUCCGCUCAAUUCCCAGACUAAGCUUGAGCCAAGUCCUGAACGUAAUGGACCAAAUGAUGGAGAUCCUUUUUCUCUAAUCACCUCGUGGAAUGGGUUCUGGAUAAGAGGAUGGAAUGUGAAGGAAGAUAAGGACACUCUGUACAUUCGAAUCGACAUGCCUUUUGUAGACAAGGACAACGUGAAGAUCACGGUGGAUCAGAACACUUUGAUCGUGAAAGGGGAAGGCGAGAAGGAAUCGGAGGAGGAUGAGCACGGGCGGAUAUAA